AUGAAUCCUUUACACCCUUGUGAUGAGUUGUAUUUUCAGAUGACACCUGAUAAUUAUCAUUCCCUACCUAUCCUAACAACCCCAGUAGAAAAUCAGAUCUUGCAUGAUCCUGUGAUGGAUGUUAGUGCUCUCAUUCCAUGUACAAGUCAAAUGGGAACUACUAAGGGCAAGCAGAGAGAAAAGGUACCUGCUUGGAGAAGAGAAGAUUAUAAGAUAGCCACCAUAGAUGAAAACAAGAAGUCGAUGCAUAGAGAGACCGAAAAACAAAGAAGGCAAGAAAUGACCAGGCUUUGCACCCACUUUAGAUCUCUUCUGCCUCUCGAAUAUAUUAAGGGAAAGCGCUCAAUUUCUGAUCACAUGCAUGAGGGUACAAAUUACAUCAAACACCUUGAACAUAAAUUGAAACAGUUGCAAGCCAAGAGGGACAAGUUUAAGAAGUUGUCCAAUUUGAGUCCUGUAGUAGCUGAGAGUGGAAGCUUUAGCACUACCUAUCUUCCAAUAUGUGUCAUUGUUCAUCCUUUUCCAGGAGGUCUUCAGAUUAAGUGUAGUUAUAGCUUCAAAAAAUAUGUUUUUCCUUUGUCAAGAGUGAUAGAUAUGGUGCUUAAAGAAGGGUUUGAUGUGGUCAACUGUACCUCCACUAAAACAGAUGACAGGUUCAUACACACUAUCCGAUCAGAGAAGGUUCCACAUAUGAUGAGUGGGACUAAUUACACUGAACUGCAAAGGAAGCUUGUCGAAGCAAUAUCAUCUUCAAAUUUGGAGGAGAGACUGUAUGAACCUGAAAACUGUUGA